GCCGACCCGAGCGCGGGCUGGGAGGGGAACGGGUUACGACGGCAAGACACCGUGAAUCGUCGCUCGCUCGCGAGAAACUUGGGCCCCUGGCGCCGCGCUUGCCCGCCAAGCUUGUUCCCGUUUCCCAACGCCCUCGGCGAUAACGCGACCCGGCGACCCCCGCCGCGCCCCGCCCCGGGCCUUGGCUAGCCUUCCUUGGCGCCCCAGCCACCUUCCGCGACCCGGAGCAGAGCUUGUUGCGCUGCGAUGCCGACGUCCCCGCCGGCACCCGGUCGGCGCUUCUGAAGACGGCCGUCAAGCAGAGUACACUCAGCCAGAGCCAGUGCGCCCCUAUCCAAGUCCGGAUGAACCUGUCCCUGACCAUCGACAGGGCCAGCCCUGUCUUGGGUGACUUCAACAAGGAGAAUGUCACCUCUCUUGACGGGGCUGAGCUAUAUCUGGCUAGCCCAACCAAAACUUUCACAAGCCCCUCUAAGUUUGCUUCACUUCGGCAAACCAUCAGCCCAAGAGUGAGGCAGCCUUUGGAGGACCAGGACCCCAACUCCCAAGACAGUGGGUAUGGCGCCUGCUUCUCCAGUGAUGAUGCAAAGUCAAUGUUCCGCUUUGCUGAGCCACUCCGUAUGGCCCCACGGAAAACACCUGUUGAGCCAUCACCAAGGAAAGAGCUAACACCCUCACCUCAAAGCAAGCGGUCAUCCUCUAUGCAGCCAUCAUCCCUAUACAGCAGAACAUCCAGUUCCGGCAGUGAAUCUAUUGAUGAUGGAUUUAUGGAACUUUUCAUGAGUGACAAAAUGGAUGAAGAAACUCAGCUCCCAACUGGAAUGAGUGACCUGCUCUCCGGAAGUAUCCACAAAGAGAAAGUGCCUGCACCAAGUGCAGCAAUGAGUGGUACAUCACCCAUGUGCUUCUCACCUUAUUCUGACAGCCCUAUGCUUCAUCACCUGGCCCAACCAAAUCAUUCUGAGGAAAUCCCUAAACCAUCAUUCCGGCGCUCACUCUCCACCAAUGAUAGCUUUACACCUGCCUCCAGCAGGGUGGUUAAGGUUCGCACCUCCCUUUUUAGGCCUAACAAUGUUGUCCGUACUUUGGACAAGUCAUCAGAUUUCUCAUCUUCACCCAACCCUGAGGCUGCAUCACCAGUCUCACAAUUGGCCUCCAGUGCACUCUCCUCAUUGCGCCUUUCAGUUAAUGGCUCCUUCAAACGUCCGGAACCCCCAACUGGCAAGCACAGCCCCAUACAAGUAAAGAAAAGGAAAUCACUCCAGUCCAUUCAAGACAACCAAAAUACCUCACCUCAGAGCAGCCUCUCACCCUUUGGCUUCCAAAGACCUACACCGCCCAAACUUCAGCGCUGCCAUUCAGAAUCUGAAGCAACCAUCAAAUCUGCACUCCUGAGGGCCUCCACCAAUCCUGAUCUCAUUGGUGACUUCAGCAAGCCAUUUGCCUUGCCUCUGAUGGAAGGGCGCCACCAAGAUCUCAAGAGCAUAUCUGUGGACACUCUAGCAUCUUUAAUGAGGGGAGAGUACCGGGACGAAAUUGCAAGCUAUACAGUUGUUGACUGCAGGUAUCCUUAUGAAUUUGAAGGUGGUCACAUACGUGGAGCUAAAAAUUUCUAUACCAAGGAACAAAUUAUGAAGGAGUUUGUAAACAGCAAAGAUGGUGUGAACAAACCAGAUGCUUCAGAUGUAAAUGCUGCCUCCAAGCGUACCAUUCUUAUCUUCCAUUGUGAAUUUUCAUCUGAGAGAGGGCCAAACUUGUCACGCUUCUUGCGCAACUCUGACCGUGAUACCAACAAGGAAUGCUAUCCUGCCUUGGAUUACCCUGAAAUGUACCUACUGAAUGGUGGCUACAAACAAUUUUAUUCAAAGUAUGAAGAUCUGUGUGAUCCACAGGCAUACCGCCCCAUGAACCACCCUGACCAUGAAAAUGACCUCCGCAAAUUCAGGUCCAAAAGCAAAUCAUGGAAUGGUGGUGAUGGCAAAAAUAGAUUGUAUCCUAGAGGUGUGGGAAUGAAAAGGCUUGGUCUUUGAGCCACGUUGUGGCAAAUUAGAUAGAAUAAUUAAUUCUUUUUUUUCUUUUGUGUUUUGUUUUGUUUUAUUUUGUGAUUAGUAAACUCUGUUUAACCUGGGAGGCAAAAUCGGCUCAACUUCUGCUUUUCUCAGUGAUGUAAAAGGAUAUUUUUUAUUUGUUGUGCUUGUUGUUAUUUUAUGUUUUGUUGCUCUGAUCAACAUUGUUAAUGUGAAGUUUUUCACUAUUUUACAACUGCCUGACAUGUUAACUUUCAAGGUAAAACAGAUGUUUAUGUUCUUGUAAGAGCUAGUGCAAUUGGGAUGGGAUGUUUUCUGUAGAAGUUUCCUCCCUAAAGGAGGUUUACUUAGGAUAAGCCUCUUUCAGACUUGUUUGUUCUUGUGGAGUCGCUAUCAAUCUAUCUAGUCCUAGAGGUUCAUAUCCAGAUUUUCAUUUUAAAAUUUAACUUGUGGUGUUCACAUGAGGUUUUUAUAAUAAAAAUGCCUCAGUGAACAUCACAUAGUUUUGACAAAACUAAGCUUCAGAUGUACUUGCACAGAAUUGUAUGUGAUUUUAUUAAAAUCCAGGAUCUCAGGCCUACUUUGGGGCCAUUUGUGAAUUGUAGUCUGAAUACUGUGUGAAUGAUUUAGUGUUACCAUUCCUGGUGAAUUUAUUAUCCUAGUACAUGUGUGAUUUAUUUUUCUUUACAAUAUAUCAAGUGUACUACAGGACUCAAUUCUCCUUGAUUUAUGCUGAUCUUAUAUUUUUGUGAAUGGUAUUGAGAAAUUGAGUGAAUCUUGUGUGUAAUAUGUGUUCUAUCUUUGUGUUUACCUCCUCACCGUGGGAGAUUCCUCAAUCUGGGGAAAUACUUUGAGUCAAGUUAAUCUAAUCUUUAGCUAAUCUUAAUAUCUGGUUGAAAUGAUAAAACCUUUUAAUUAAUAAAAAAAAACUAUAUUUUUGCAGAAUUUUAAAAUCUGUUUUGAUGGCAAAUAAAUAUUUAUAGACUAUA